GUUUUUUUUCAUCAGCAGAGAGAGGAAAACUACACGAUUUGCAAAUAAGAAACAGAAUACCUUCCGUUAUAUCCUCCCCCUCCCCUGACCUCUCCGAUCCCGGCUGACCUCUGCUGGUAGCUCUGACCGAUCCUAACAGAAGACAAAUCUCGCAAAGCUAUAUUGUUGUAAUUGUAAGUCCUUCGUCUACCAUAAUGUUGUUUGUUAAUGUUCUUCGGCACUCAACGACUUCCGUCUCCUAUCCACGAUCUUGCGCGAGAGAUCUCAAGCAUUGACUCCGUCCACGAGGUGGAGUUCAUGAUGGGUUCUGUAACCACACAACCUCUCUUCUCAUUCGGUGUCAUCGCCGAUGUUCAAUACGCCGACAUUCCAGACGGCCGCUCUUUCUUAGGCACUCCCAGGUACUACAGAAACAGCAUCCUCGUCCUACAGAAAGCAGUCCAAGCUUGGAACCAACACGGAAACCUCAAAUUCGUCAUCAACAUGGGUGACAUCGUCGACGGCUUCUGUCCCAAGGACCAAUCUCUAUCCGCCACCAAGAAACUCGUCCACGAAUUCCAAAAAUUCCAAGGCCCCGUCUAUCACAUGAUCGGCAACCACUGCCUCUACAACCUCCCGCGCCGAGAGCUGCUUCCUCUGCUAAACAUCCCUCGCCGUGACGGUGACGACAAUGCUUACUACGAUUUCUCGCCUACCCCUGAGUAUAGAGUCGUGGUGUUAGACGGGUACGACAUCAGCGCUGUUGGUUGGCCCGAGGAUCAUCCCAAGACGCUCGCUGCGUUGAAGAUACUCGAGGAGAGGAACCCGAACUCGGAGAAGAACAGCCCCGAGGGGCUUGUGGAUGUUGAGAGGAGGUUCGUUAAGUAUAACGGUGGCGUGGGGGAGAAGCAGCUGGAGUGGCUGGACGGUGUGCUUCGGGGUGCGAAGGAGUUGAAUCAGAGAGUUAUCGUGUGCGGGCAUGUCCCUAUGAGUCCUGGCGUGGCGUCUAAAGCUGCGUUGAUGUGGAAUUUUGAUGAAGUGAUGAGUGUUAUACACAAGUAUGAUGUUGUUAAGGUUUGUUUGUCGGGGCAUGAUCAUAAAGGUGGAUACUUUGUUGAUUCUCAUGGGGUUCAUCAUAGGUCAUUGGAAGCUGCCUUGGAGUGCCCGCCAGGUACGUAUUCGUUUGGGUAUGUUGAUGUGUAUGAGAACAAGUUGUCUCUUGUUGGUACUGAUCGGAUGCAGAGCACUGACUUUGAGAUCUAGAGGAAUUGAUAAAUAUGAUUUGUCUUGAAUGCAGAUAUUGUAAAACAUCAUUCGAUUGUUAUAUGAUGAAAUUAUAUUCUUAUUGUGAUUGUAA